AUGAAUAGAAAGCGAAUUGAUCUAGAGCAAAAACUAUAUAGAACACAGCAAACCAUUCAUAAACCUGAUUCUUAUGGAAUCGAAAGACGUAAAGUAAACAAGAUCAAGAAUGAAUUGAUAAACAGUCAUAAUAAUAAAGAGGAUGAUGAUGACUUUGAUAAUGACAUUGUCGCUACACAAAUCGAAUCCGACAGUAUAAAUGCAGCCAACUAUUUGAUUCGGUUGAAUAAUACGGGGAUACCUAUUUGUUUUGUACAUCAGAUUUACAGCAUAUUGCCUAAUCCGACCACGAUUGAUAAUGAAUUGCAAGAAGCUAUUCUAUCAGGAAAAUGGAGAAAAUUUCAUAUCAUUGGUUCAGUAGAAGAUGAAUAUGUGAUGAUGAAAGUACAAGAUUAUUGUAAGAUGAUUGAGGAAAUAAAAAGUGAAGAGAAGGAUGUGAUAUCCAAGUACAUGUCAAUAAUACAAGAUGAGCGAUAUUUUAGCCAAGUGACAAUAUCCACGCAUGGUUUGAAUGAAUUUGGUUUGAAUGAUUUAGGAAUCAAAGAACUGGUGAACAAUGGAUUAUUAAUACCUCAUUUACAAGUGAAUCUAUAUUGGUUCUCAAUAAGAAAACAAGGAUACUUUAUGUCCAAUAUCACACAUGGUAGAACAGAAAUAUUGAGAAUGAUAUCGAAAAGACCAACAAAAGAUAUAAUGGAAACUUUGUUGAAAGCAAAAAAGCUGCAUAAAACCAUAUUAAACAUGGACUUUCUGAUACAUGAUUUAGUUGGAAGUGGAAGAGUCGAAAGGUUGAGGAUUACAUAA